AUGAAGAGCAUGCACAUUGGCUUGGCCCUUCUCUAUUGCACGGUGCUGAAUGUACUGCACGCGCUGCUAAAGUGUGGUAGGUUGACAAAGGACCCGCUGCAUAGCAAAGGGCUUGGUUACAUCUCCUCCCUGGAGAAACAAAACACUGCGAACAGCGUCCACCUUAAACACAUCACGCUUAUAAAGAGGAAGAAAAAGAGGUUCAUUCUUUCGAAGAAAAAAAGAGACGCUAACAUGUUAAUUACGGUGCGCCCUUCUCAGCAGGAGGAUGCGGAUGGGCCCAGGAUGAGUCCCUCCCCCCUGUGUAUGCUUAGUCAGGAUUACCUAGAUGCCUCAGAUGGGAGAAGCGACCAAUCUGGUGGAAGUGGUGAAGACGGCGGAGGCUUCCCAGACGAAGGGGGCGAGGCGGACCACCCCAGCAGAGAACCCCACAGACAGCUGCAACCCGUGAGCGAGGCCCUGUCCCCCAGCUCCCCGGGGCAUGACGACGGGGAUGACGUGGAAGAAGACCAAGAUGCGAGGAGGAGGAAGAAGAAGAAGAAAAAGGAGUCAAAGGGGGGGAGCGGCAAUCCCGCAGAGGAGGAAAGCAACCUCGACGGAAGGGCAGACGAAAGCAACCUCGACAGAAGGGCAGACGAAAGCAACCUCGACAGAAGGGGAGACGGAAGCAACCGCGAUAGAAAGGAAGACCUGCUGAACGCCGACUGUCCAAAGCACGACGCGCACCUGUCCGACAUAGCCAACUCCUAUUUGAAGAAAGCUGAGACGAUGGAAAACAAACAGCUAGCUGGUCUGGACAAGGAAAAAAUGAUAGAGGAAUACAAUCGGUUGGUACAAGUUCUCAAAGAAAGUGGACAGAAAAAAAUGAAGCAGUAUGAAGGGAACGAGAAGAAUAACAUGUAUGAGCUAAACGAGAGAGUUAUUAACAGCUCGAGGAAGCUGAACCUGGAGAGGAUGAAGAAGGAGAUCGAGAAGUCUUUCACUCCCAACGAUGCUGUGGAGAAGAAAAUCCAAGACUAUAUCACCGCGAGGGCUACUGACGCCCCCCAGGACGAACUGCUCCAGGAGCACGAGGAAAGGGAAAAUAGGGAAAUCCUGAAGCAGCUGUCCAGGGGGGACUACAGCGGAGUGAAUAAAUUUCACUUUAAGUUCUCCGCGAAGGACCUGGAGAGGAUGAAAGAUAUCAAUUGCACGGAUGAAGAAUCGGCAGAGGAGAAAAAACUAAUCGACGCUGCAUUUGAUAGGAUAAUGAAGGACAACCCUGUGGUGAAGGAGUUCAAGGGCAGGGAGAAGGCCUUCCUGCAGUUGUACGAGCGGGGGCGCAGGGAGAACAUGAUCGAGCGCGACGAGCAGGUGGAGAAUCUGAAGUACUACAAUGAGAUGCAGAGGCGGAGGAGCGGGCGCGUCCAAAGUGGAGACACUGUCGAGACUGGCGAGACUGGCGAGACUGGCGAGACGGGCGGCGGGAGCGCCUCUCAGGGGAGCGCCUCCGACGGGAGUGACCGUAACGCCCCACCCGGCGAACUGAUCGACAAGAAACUAUUUUUCAACAGAGUGUCCUCCCAAUUCGUGGACAUCAAAAAGGAAGACAUCGAAGAAAUGAGCGAGGCGCAAGUAAGAGAUGAGCUGAGGAAAAGGGGAUACCCCACCUUCGGUUCCAUCAAAGAAGUUAAAAUGAGACUCCAAGAUGUCAUGCGCAUAAGGAAGAACCACGAAUACGACGUUAGGAGCAUAAUCAAGAACCCAGAGAAGCAUGUACUCUCCCACAUAAGACUCGACAAAUUAAAGGAAAACUUGAAGCAAUUUAAGGAGAAUGAGCGUUACGGAGAUACCGAGUCGAAGAUUAAACAGCUGGAUGCAGCCAUGGAGAUAUCAAAUUUUAUUAAUGACCCUGUGGAUUACCUACGUAUAGACACUACGGAGAGGUUCGCAGGGCCAACGGGGGAGUACCCACAUGGGGAGCAGUCACGUGGGGAGCACCCACAUGGGGAGCACCCACAUGGGGAGUACCCACAUGGAGAGCACCCACCCGAAGAAGAUUUGUCCAAAAUUCCCAUCGUGAACGACUGCAACAUUAGCGAGCAGAUAUCCAUGGCGGAAAGGCUCAGAAAAAAUUUCACCCUAGAAGGAGACGAGAGACAACCAGAUCAAGUGGUUCGAUUCGGAGGUGAAGAAGACCCCGCGUCGUUAGCCUCACCCGUAUCCUCACCCACAUCGUCUGAAAGCGAACUGCAAGAACAGAAGGAGGAACUGCACAGAAGGGAAGUACUCAAAUUCGGAGGACUGCAAGAAACAGUAGAGGAGUUCCACUCCAAGCAUAGUCUACCUUUAGAUUUCAUCGGCGAUUUUAUUUGUAAGAUGUCUAGUGAAACUACGUAUAAUAUAAAUAGGUAUAGGAAAAGGAGAAAAGGAGAGUUAGAAGAUAUGGAGAGAAACGAAUUUGAGAUGCUAAUUUCUGGUCAUUCAAUUAAUAGAGAUUUUAUUGUAUACAAAUUUAUUAAUACGGAUGAGUUAAUUAGUACAUAUCUCACGACGAAGGAUAUUGUUACUUUGAUUGAGUAUAGUAACAUGGCUGACCCAGUCGAUAUAAUUCAUUUUUACUCUCCGGAGACUAUCUUUAUGCUGAGUGAGGAGUAUGGGAUCACUGUGGAUAGGGUGAUAGAUGCGUGCACUCGGCUGAACAUUCGCCUGCCCUUCGGUGGAGACACGCACCUGAACGCGAACUGCUUCAACGUGCUCACCACGUACUUGGCGCGGGUGCGCGAAGAGGACAGGCGGCUUGGCGCCCGGGGGCGGUGCGGCUAG